AUGGACCCACAGCUUCAUGAAGCGCUGGUGUCGGCUAUGUAUCAUCUACGGAUCUUUAAUAAUAUUCGAAUCGCUACGGUGACCGCCGUGAUCGCAGACUACUUUCAAACCUUUGACCUCGAGGUGAAGCAUGUUUGGUCUGAGGAGAUGUCGCCCGUCAAAGUCCUCUACUUCCUCACAAGAUAUUCAAUAUUCAUUCAUUACGGACUCGUCUUCCACUACCAGCGACUACGCGGUCUGGCAGUCGAGGAAUGUCGUGCAUACUAUAUUGCGGCUACUGUCGUAAUCACUCUAAACUCUGCCCUAUCGAGUGCCCUCAUCUACAUCCAGGUCUGGGGAUGGGCGAAACUCAGUCGACCAUUGGGGAUCUACCUGGUGGCUCAGUUUAUUAUAUCAUACUCCCUUACUUUCUUCUUCGAAGCUUGGUAUUUCAGGUCAAUCCUACGGACCCUCCGGCGGGGAUACACUGCACCCCUGUCAGCGAUGAACAACUGCUUCUGA